AUGGCUGAGCCCACCAAAUCGACGGGGAGUUGGACCGAUGCCUUUCCUGCCCCACGUUGCACCGCACCGACGCUUUCACGCGAAGAGGCCCUGUCACAUCUCUCGUCUCCAGACUUACUCAUUGUCGAUGUGCGACGCACCGAUUAUGAGGGCGGAACUAUUAGAGGUAGCCUAAACCUUCCCGCCCACUCUUUCUACAUGAACCGCGGGGUAUUGUACGACUUAUGCAAAAGGGCGGGAGUCAAACGCAUUGCGUUCUAUUGUGGCGCAUCGAAUGGAAGAGGCCCCAGGUGCUCUGGCUGGUUUGCAGACUAUAUUGCGGACAAGGGCGAUGAUCAAAUCACAUCUUUGACACUUGGUGGUGGCAUCAAGGGUUGGGUGAAGGCUGGAGAACCGUACACUCAACAAAUGGACGGCUUCGAGCCAGGGUAUUGGAAACAGUUUGAAUGA